AUGGGGGACCUGUUUAUGCUAAGGGUGGCUGUGGGCAUAUGCUAUGCUACCUUCAGUGCCUCUGCCUGGUCAGUGAACAAUUUCCUGAUAACAGGUCCCAAGGCCUAUCUGACCUACACUACCAGUGUGGCCCUGGGUGCCCAGAGCGGCAUCGAGGAAUGCAAGUUCCAAUUUGCUUGGGAACGCUGGAACUGCCCCGAAAAUGCUCUCCAGCUGUCCACUCACAACAGGCUGAGAAGUGCCACCAGGGAGACUUCCUUCAUUCAUGCUAUCAGCUCUGCUGGAGUCAUGUACACCAUCACCAAGAACUGUAGCAUGGGUGACUUUGAAAACUGUGGCUGUGAUGAGUCAAAAAAUGGAAAAACAGGAGGCCAUGGCUGGAUCUGGGGGGGCUGCAGUGACAAUGUGGAAUUUGGGGAAAGGAUCUCCAAACUCUUUGUGGACAGCCUGGAGAAGGGAAAGGAUGCCAGAGCCCUGAUGAAUCUUCACAACAACAGGGCGGGCAGGCUGGCAGUGAGAGCCACCAUGAAAAGGACCUGCAAAUGUCACGGCAUCUCGGGGAGCUGCAGCAUCCAGACAUGCUGGCUGCAGCUGGCUGACUUCCGGGAGAUGGGAGACUACCUAAAGGCCAAGUAUGACCGGGCGCUGAAAAUUGAGAUGGAUAAACGGCAGCUAAGGGCUGGGAACAGCGCCGAGGGCCACUGGGCACCCACUGAGGCCUUCCUCCCCAGUGCAGAGGCUGAACUGAUCUUUUUAGAGGAAUCGCCAGAUUACUGUACCCACAAUUCUAGCCUGGGCAUCUAUGGCACAGAGGGUCGGGAGUGUCUGCAGAAUAGCCACAACACAUCCAGGUGGGAGCAACACAGCUGUGGGCGCUUGUGCACCGAAUGUGGCCUGCAGGUGGAAGAGAGGAAGACUGAAGCUAUCAGCAGCUGUAACUGCAAAUUCCAGUGGUGCUGCACAGUGAAGUGUGACCAGUGUAGGCAUGUGGUGAACAAGUACUACUGUACACGCUCCCCAGGCAGUGCUGUGUCCUGGGGCAAGGGCAGCGCCAGAUAACACCCCACACAAACUCACUUGCUCAGUUGCAUGACAAUGGAGGGGGACACAGCUUCUCUUUCCGAGAGAGUAGAUUGGAAAAUCACAAUGUUGGUCUGUAGUCCUCUUGAUAUGUGCUAUAUACAUGGGGAAACAGAGGCCCAAGAUUCUACAGCAUAUUCUUGACAGAGCUGAAAUUGGAACCUGGGUCUCCUAACUUGGGCAGAUCCCGUUUCAUCUUUCCUACAAGUUUCAUCCUGGUCUUUGUGCCUGUACUUUUGCAGCUUGCUAAAGGGGGAGUUUGGUUUGGGGUCCACAUCCAGAAGGACCCUCAAAGUACUUGUCCCUGUAAGUUUCAGACCACGUCCAACCCAGCUGUGCUGAGAAUCAGAAGGAAUGGAAAAAAUCAAAGAGUUCUGUCC